CAGAUGCUUUUAAGGUUGUCUUGUGACUUUUGAUCAAGAGAGAAAUGGCAGCUUGUCGAGCUCAACCGGCAUUUUGUAGAGGUCCACAUACACUCACUGUUCCAGCAGAAUUAUUUCAAGAGAACAGACAAAGGUUAUGUGAAAGGUUAAAGGGUAAAGUUCUCAGUGGUACCAUUGUAUUAUUGCAGGGUGGAGAGUCACAGACAAGAUAUUGUUCUGACCAUGAACCUAUAUUUAGACAGGAAUCUUAUUUCCAAUGGGCUUUUGGAGUGGAAGAACCUGAUUUUUAUGGUGCCAUCGAGGUGGAUACAGGAAACACGAUAUUGUUUCCUCCCAAACUUCCAGAUACCUAUGCUGUUUGGAUGGGAAAAUUACUUACAUGCAAAGACUUCAAAGAGAGAUAUGGUGUUAAUGAAGCCCAUUGGUCAUCAGAUAUCCCCUCAGUACUAAAGGGAAGAAACCCAGCAGUUUUGUUGACGUUGAAUGGACUGAACACAGACAGUGGUAACUAUAGCAGAGAAGCAGCAUUUGAUGGAAUAAGUCAAUUUAAAGUAGAUAAUAAAAUUCUUCAUCCAGAAAUCAUGGAAUGUAGAGUGUUCAAGUCAGACAAGGAAUUAGAUGCUUUGAGAUAUUCCAAUAAAAUUAGCAGUGAUGGUCAUAAAGAGAUAAUGAAAUCUAUCAGACCAGGAGUGUAUGAAUACCAGAUGGAAAGUCUGUUUAAACAUUAUUGUUAUUUCACUGGCGGAACAAGAAAUGGGGCUUAUGCUUGUGUUUGUGGAUCUGGAGAUAAUGGUUCAGUAUUACAUUAUGGCCAUGCAGGAGCCCCAAACAGUAAACUGGUACAGGAUGGUGAUAUGUGUUUAUUUGAUAUGGGCUGUGAGUAUUAUUGCUACACAUCAGAUAUCACAUGUUCCUUCCCAGCCAAUGGAAAAUUUACAGAGAGACAGAAAGGAAUAUAUGAAGCUGUAUAUAAAUCUAGUAGAGCAGUAAUGGCAGCUGUUAAACCAGGUGUUUCUUGGGUUGACAUGCACUUGCUGGCAGACAGAACACAUCUAGAAGAAUUGAAGAGGCUUGGUCUGGUUACAGGAGAUAUUGAUGAGAUGAUGAAAGUCAGACUUGGUGCAGUGUUUAUGCCACAUGGUCUAGGUCAUUUUAUGGGACUAGAUACACAUGAUGUUGGAGGAUACCCAGAGGGAACAGAAAGAAGUAAAGAAGCAGGCUUAAAAUCCCUGAGAACAGUACGAACUCUAGAACAAAGAAUGGUUCUCACCAUUGAACCUGGAAUUUAUUUUAUUGAUGUGUUAUUGGAUGCAGCUUUCAAUAAUCCCGAACAAGCCAGGUUUUUAGUACGGGAAAGGAUUGACAGCCAUCGAGGCUUUGGAGGGGUAAGAAUAGAAGAUGAUAUAGCGAUUACUGAGGAUGGAAUGGAACUUAUGACAUGUGUUCCUAGAACUGUGGAAGAGAUCGAAAGAUUAAUGGAGGAGGGCAGGAAACAGCCACCAAUUCCUCUCCCACAGGACAUGAAAAAGUGAUCUAAAAACUUGAUAUAUCAAACUGUCUCAUAAGGACAAUAAACAAUGCAGCAGUAAAUAAACUAUGUAAAAAUGUAGUCCCUUGUCAGUUUUCUUGUGGGCAAUGGUUUGCUAUAUAUAGAAUUUAUUUGUGAUGUAAUGAUUUAACUGUACCAUGAUCUAACACAUACAUUGGUACUUGAUAGACACAAUCAAUUUAUGCUUUUUAUUUUAUUUUUUAAAAGCUUUUUUUUGGUUUUUGUCUUAAUGAAAAGUAAAUACAGUUCAAUGGAAAUCAUUUUUGGGAUUUAAUAGCAAUAAUAUUUUAGAUUUAAAUUCCAUGCAGUAGAUUCUCUGCUGGUUUUAUCAGAACAUUUUAUGUUAUGAUUUUUCCUUUCAAAUAUUCCAAUAGAUGGAAGAUAUCGUUCAGUUGAAUUUUCUGUAGAUCUCAGCAGAAUUUAAUAAUGUUUGUAUUAUGGGUGUAUGGUACUUUUUUAUUCACACACCUUUUCUCAUCUACUAGUAAUUUAAAUAUUGAUUUAUUUAUGUUUUCUUUACAUCACAUUAUCAUAUUAUAUGAAUACAACCCAAUCAAUAUUUAAAUGUUAUACCAUAUUGUAAAAAGUAUUACAUGUUAUUCUAGGCAGAAGUUUUAAAUUGCCAUUAUAGAAAAUUCUAUCUUACAUGUAUUUGGUUAUAAUAGUUGUAUAUGUCAGAUAGAAAAAAAAAUUAACGUAUUGUUUAUAUUUUAGAUUGAUUGAUUUAUGGGUGUUAAAUGCCACUUUCAACACUACUGUGCUUUUUCGUGGCAGUCAGUUUGAUUUAAGAAGCCCACAAAAAUACAAGAUUUCAUAAGUCCUUGAAAAGCAGUAUGUCUACCUUCAAAAAUUAGGGGUUUGAUUUUGAUUAAUUCUUUGUUGAUAGAAUAUUUGCCUAUAAAAUUUAAUAUGAUAAUUUCAUGUUUUAUGAUUUUUUUUCUGCUAUUAGACUAAAGAUCUAUAAUUAAAUCAUAUAUAUAUAUCCAAGAUGAUAUUAGUUUUGAAAGUAUUAAGUUUCUACUAACUAUAUCUAAUUUUAAAUAAAAUAUUUUUCUUUCAGUCCUGACAAAAAAAUAUUUAUUUAAUUCAAUGCAUUUUUUGCAAUAGAAAGAAUGCUUACUUAAUAACUCAAUUAAGUGUGAUGAUCUACAAGUUAUUAAACCCCACUUAUUUAUUCUGUAUCAAAAAUGAAAACCACUAAAUUCUAAGUUGUCGAAAGUGCACACUUCUUGAAUAAAAAAAUUCACAAUGUUAACAUUACCAUGAAAAAAUGUAAACAGCUGUAUGCAAAUUAUAAACGUCUCAAGUGCCAUAUUAUCAUAUUAUCAUCAGUAUAAUCAUCAGUAUAUAUUUUAUAUUAAGAUCCUCCUCACUGUGAUAUUAAAAUAAAUAUUUCAUAGUU